AUCUAAUCUCAUUUGAGUUUUCUGUUGUGCAGCAGAAUUGACAGGUUUUAACUACAUUUUCAUUCCCGUUUGAAAAAGGCACUACCAACGAGGAGAGGAAGAAGUCUGUGGUCUUGACUUUGUGAGAUUACAUCAUAUGCGCCAAAGUUUACAAGGAAGAGACUGGGCCCCAUCGAUAAAUGACAUUGCGUUCAAGUCUCAGUAUGUUGAUGCAUUGAAUUAGUAAUGGCGGACGAUUAGUUUGCAGCUGCCGGCCGUAUUGGCGUCCCAUUGCUUUCAGGGUUCUUUUUCGCUAAACUGUGAACUAAAACCAGGAGAAAUGCAUGCCAGUUAGAGUCUAAACAAGUGCAACUGGAGCUGUGUGGAUAUGGCUGAUGGAGGGACAGGUUUUGAUCGAAGUCAUAGCUUUACAUGGAAUUUCUCAAUUUUGGAAGGAGUGAUGGUGAAGAUAAGCGAUAAAUUCAGGCCACCAAAUAAGAUUCAUUUACCAAUUGGAUGGAAAUCUUUUGAAUAUGAAGAUGAUUUUGAGUUUGAUUUCAAAUUUGAAGAAGAUGUUAUCAAGUUGGCAGAGCGAGAGCAACUUCAAGAGGAGAGUGAGAAGGAAUAUUCAAGUUUAGUAAAUGCUACAGCAAGAUCACUGGAUGAUAACAUUGAAGAAGCAAGCAUUGAUGACAAUACUGAUGAAGAUGAAGACUCACUACAGAAAGCAGAUGGUGCUGCUUCAGUCUUUCAUAAUGAUGUUUCUGAAACUUCAAUUCUAGAACCAGUCAAGAUCAACAGUGAUCCACUGGCUAAACAAGUAAAUAAAAAUACUUCAAAAUGCUUUAACUUUUCAGAGUUUGAAGAUAAUUUUGCAACUCCAUUUGAACUUGUUGAGCUACAAACACUUGAUGAUAUUAAUGAGUUGAAAAGUGUGUUGCAGCCUGGCUGUAAAACCAACAAAAGAUCUAAAAAGACCAAGAGUGAUGACAAUGUCGAGUCUCAAAUUGAUUUUUCAAUCUUUAAUACUCCAGUGACAACAAAUCAAGAACCAGCUGAAGUGAAAACUAGUAAGAUAGCUACAGCAUCACUGAUACCUGAUAUUGAGCCAGUGCAGUCUAUGGCAACAAACACUACUUUGCCAUUACAUCUGCAGUUUGAUCAAAGGCAAAACGAAGUGCUACCUGUUUCAUCACAACCAUCUGCAAGCUUGCAGCCUGGUCAGCCAUUUGAUUCACUUCCAGUGUCUUCAAAUUACCAGAAUAUGAAUCAAUUUAAUCAUUGUCAAGACAUUACUGGCCAACCUAAUCUAGGGAGGUUCCCAGAUCCUGUAUUCAAAAACUCAUCUUUACCAUUUAGUGGCCAUAUUCCUUUGGAUAUGAGAUUUUCAACAAUAAAAGCAAAUGAUACUAGAUUUUCAUUGGACUCAGUUUCACAUUUAGAACAUGGUAAUAGUAGAAUCAGAGAGUUUGAACACUUGGGAAACCUUAGGGGUGAACAAGGAAAGUCACUAGAAAGAGACAGUGCUUUUUUUCCAAAAAGAAAUGAAGGAAGUGACUUAGAUCUUAAGGCUAGAGGAAGUCUAAAUAAAGCAAAUUCAAGGUCUUUGCCAAAUCUUGCAGAAGCAGGAAGGAUGACAGAAAAUGGGGUUACAGGGAGUGCAUCAAACUGUUCUCAAGAACCCCUUCUAUCAACUUCAAGAAUUGACAAUAUAAUGAGACACUUCCAGCUAAACAGACUAAGAGAAUUUAAUAGUAGCUCAAAUCAAAAUGAUCCUAAUGCAACAAUUGAAAAUCCCCUUCAAAAUGAUACGACACAAUUGCCAAAUGUACCUAAACCUCAGUCUGGAAUAGUGACAUCAUUGCAACUAUCACCAAGGAAUUUACAAUUCACGACUAAUCAAACAUUUGAUUCAUCAACAAUUAGUGCACAACAAGAAAAUUCCUCCAUGAGUGACACCGAGAGAAGAAUGAGAUUUCCAUCUCUUCAGCCGUUACAGCCUAAAAGGAACGUCAAAACCCAGGAGACUAAUCGAAGAAGGAGACUGAGUUCUUCAGAGCCAUUACCUCCAAUAGCAACACCUAGUCCUCCAAGAACGUCAGGUGCCCAACAUAUCAACACUUCGUCUAGUCUUUCAAAGCAUAGUUUUAAGCAAGAGGAGUUAAGCUGGUUACCAGAUCCCACUCCGAAUUUGUCACCACAGGAAGCGUCAUUGGCAAACAUGAUCACUGGAAUGGGAUUCUCAAAAGCUAGAACCGCUAGGGCAGUAGAGAGACUGGAGUUUGACGAAAAGGAGAUCAUCGAUUUUCUUCUCCGGGUUCAACAAAUAAGUGACUUGGGUUAUGAUGCAGAUGAUGUUGAGAUGGCGAUAAUCAACAAUAAAAAUGACAAUGAAACUAUUUUGAACUACUUAAGUCACACAAACAAAUGGAAGGAGUUAGGUUUUCCUGUUCAAAAGGUGCACGAUGCACUUAUUAACACAGACAAAGAAAAUGAAGCUGUUUUUGAAUACCUGACAAGUUUAGAUGAAUAGCAGUUAAGAGCGUAAGAAAUUCCGGCAUUUAUUGAAACUGGCAAGCAAAGAAUGUAUGAAAAUAAAUUUCUUUCCUGUAGAAACCAAUCUCCAGUAUUAAUCAGACUCUUUCUAAGCUUCCAUCCGAAAUUCCUUUCUUUAAUGUUGUAAAUUAUAGAUAUAAGUUCCUUACUAUGAAGAGCUUAAAUACUGACUAGGUCGUUAGUUUGAAAAAAAGGGCUGUAUAAACACUGUGAAAAUGUUUCAAUUUGUGCAUGGUAAAAGGUAUUUCAAACACGAUGUCUGCACUGUACAACCAAGAAAGCCGGUUUUGUGUUUCUGGAAUUUGUAGAAAUUGUGGAAUUUAGUUUUUUUAAUCUGUUUUCAACAUAGUUUUCAGCCCAUUAAAGCGAACAGCUUUCUUAAAAACAUAUCUUACUAUUUUAAGAUUGAUGCCGCUGUAUUUCGACCACUAUUCCAGUGGCGGAAAUUGAGCAUUUUUUCUGGGGGUGGUGGGGGGGGGGCAAAAGCCAACAAAAUCUUUGGAUUUUGGAUUUUGAAGUGACACAUUUUUGGUUGUCAUACUUUGUGUAUAUUUUCAUGCAUACAAAGUUUGCAAUGCGUUUAAAUCUGUCAGUUGUUCUCUUUUUUUUCUUUUCUGGUUUAAUCGUCAAUAGCUGACCUGUAGUGAAGUAACAAUUCUUAACAGCUUUCUUUGCGCUACAUGUCCAAGCAUAAGCCGCGUGCCCCUGAGCCCCCCCCCUCCCCACUGCUACAUCUUUGAUUUCUUCUUCCACAUAAUAACUUUUUGAAACAUUCGCAAGGUCCCCCUCUCGGCGUAUUUAUUUUGUUGAUAAAUUUUUUAUUGUGGAUAUGAGUUUAUUCUGGAUAUGAGUCAUUCUGGAUAUGCUAGCUUUCGGGUACAACCUAAAUUCACAGUUGCGCGACUGGAUUUGAGUUUUGCCUCCUCCCUGCUGAGCGUUUCGGCCGUUCUUGGUGUAGAAAAAACAAUAUAAGGGAUUGUUAGUGAUUUACAUACUCACUUGUCUCCUUGCCGAUAAGGGAAACGUGAUUGUCAAAUCAAAAGUUAGCCUGUGUUCCAGACCCCUAACUUUGGCUUUGCCCGCAGGACUGCCAAGGUUUGCCGGCGAAAAUUUUAGCCGUGAGCAAACGAAGUUUCUUUCAACCAAAACCAGAUUUGCCGACAAAUUCUUACCUGGCGAUCGCCCCCCCCCCCCCACACACACCCCCACAAAUUCCGCCACUGCACUAUUCAUAUCGUAGGUAGGUAAAUUACAAUAUCUUAUAAAAUAUUUUUUCGGCUUAUCGUCAAUUUUCAGAAUAGAAUGAAAACCAGUUAUCCAUUUAGAUUUCAUUAAUGAUGAAUAGAAUAUCCAACACAGCGAAAAAAGGGACAUCUUUAUGUUUGGUUAAUCAUUGUACCCAAAAUAUUAAUUAAUUUAUUAAUAAGUAAUUCAUUACUUUGAGAAUCAUUGCCUCUUCCACCAUAUAUCUAUGAUGGAAUAUCUUUGUAAUUUAAGUUGAAAAUUGCCAGUUUACUGCUUAAUUAACUUAACGUACGAAACGGUGAGACUUUUUUCCUUGUUUACUAAUGGAAUGCCCAAUGUUACGAGUAAAUAUUUACAAUAAUCAAACUUUGAACAUAGUUACAAAGGAUAUGUGGUUUAAUUGUAUAUGGUUUAAUCCCAAGUUUAAAAUGACGUCAAAAAGCAUUCGAAUGUAUUAUUUGUUGUUUAUAAUGGUUGUCUUGCUCUUCUAUACAUGAAUGUAUUACGUUGCGUAAAAUUUUUGCAUUUAAUUAAUUGCCACAUAAUUGCUCAUAUUAAGAGUAAUUUGCUCUUAUGUUAAAUAUUUGUUGUAGGUGACAAAAAGCGAUACUGUUCUUUAACAAAAAAGCUCUUGAUAACACA